GGCUUGAAAAUACGUUUGUGGUGAUGUUAUGGAUUCACUUGACACUUGCUAGCUUAUGGCCGAGUUUUCCACAGCAGUUUUCUCUAAAACUAUCGCGAACAAGUAGUUAGAAGAAGAGUGAAUGAAGCUGAUACAGCUAGCAGUCCCCUCUGCUGGCAAAAACAUGCACAACGUGAUUGAGACGUCAACCGGUAGACUCUGCUACCCGGUCUUUCUUGCCACGUAAAAUAUUAUUUAACUUUGUAGUCUGUUUUUAACGCACAGUCGGGGACAGGCCACUAAAAAUGGGGACUGUCCCCGGAAAACGGGGACGUCUGGUCACCCUAAGUCCGCAAUGCUGCUGUAUCGAAUCCUCGAGCUGACAAGGUAAAACAUCUGUCGUUCUGCCGCUGAGCAAGCCAGGCGGUCAUUGUAAUACGAAUUGGUUCUUAAAUUGACUGGUCUAAUUAAAUUUGGAAAAAAUUGACAUCCCUUGGCGCCCCCUGACAACCGUGAGUCGAGGACAUUUCUGGUUGCGACAACCAAUCAUAUCGACGUCUGCAACCAAGAAUAGCACUCGCCAAAAACGCCAGCGUGUUUUCUUUCUUUUCAUGGCGGGACCUUUAAACGCUAGAAGAGGACCAUGGAAAAAUAUAUUUCCUCAGGGAUGCAACACAUUUUGCCUGAUGUGGACUAUAAGUGGGCAUUGCUCAGGUGGUCGGGAAUGGGAUUCCAGAGAUGGACUUUGCCAGCCAGGGUUGACAAAAUGUGGUGGGACCACCUUCCACCACCACCUGCAGCUCAGUAGAGAUGGAAAGGUACUUUGCCCGUCAUCUGCUGCUCUGGAUGCCCAGGAAGCUCUGGCAGGGGAGCUGAUAGGUUUGGAGUACCUCUUCGAUCAGACUGGUUUGCUGCUGCAGGAUUACAAGGCUGCCAUUGAGGAACUGGAGACCGGUGAUCCUGAUGUCCAAGGGGAGAAUGAUGAGGGCUUUGUGGAGCUUGUGGAAUUUCAGGGCCUGACAGUUCCAGUGCUAGAGACAGCCCUACUUGUUGGCACCUUUCAUCCUACUCCCACUCCCUCUACCAGCAUCCAAUCCACAGCUGCAUCAGUCAGUCCCCUGUCCUCCACUCCUGUACGGGCUACUCCACCACCUGGGCCUCUGUCCUCCACACUUGUGCUUGUCAGUCCCUUGUCCUACGUUCCUGUUCGGGCUAACAUUACUCCUUAGUCCAUGGACCAUAAAUGUUUUUUUUAAAGUGUGAUUUGGCUCUGGCAGUCAAAACAGCCAAAUACUCAAUCUAAAGGAUUGGGAUAGUGAAAUGUUUUGUUGUUUCGGCUCUGUACUCCAGCACUUUGGAUUUGCAAUGAUACAAAGUGCAGACUGUCAGCUUUAAUUUGAGGGUAUUUUCAUCCAUAUUAUAGCACUUUUUAUUACAGUACUUUUUGUACAUAGUCCCCACAUUUAAGUGGAACCAAAAGUAUUGGGAUAAAUUAACUUAUGUGUAUUAAGGUAGUAAAAAGUUUAGCAUUUGGUCCCAUAUUCCUAGCACGCAAUGAUUACAUCAAGCUUGUGACUCAACAAAUAGUAGCUCUUUGUUUUGGUUGUGUUUCAGAUUAUUUUGUGCCCAAUAGAAAUGACUGGUAAAUAAUGUAUUGUGUCAUUUAGGAGUCAAUUAUUGUAAAUAAGAAUAGAAUAUGUUUCUAAACACUUCUACAUUAAUGUGGAUGCUAACAGGACUACGGAUAGUCCUGAUGAAUUGUGAUGAAUGAGAAAGUUAGACGCACAAAUAUCAUUCCCCCAAGACUUGCUGUAUGACAAGGGCUAUGUUGAGAGGUAGCUUGCAAAUAAGCAUUUCAUUGCACUGUUUACACUGCGCUGUAUUCUGUAUAUAUGAUUAAUAAAAUUGGAUUUUAUUUUA